CACCUGUCAGCGGGUGGAGACUGACUAGUUUCCGUCCGGCUGUGACAGCGCAGCAGCGAGUCCUUAUACUAGCGUCAUUAUCUGUGCUGCGCCCAUCAGUUGGCUGUUAAAGAGCGUCAGGAACCAGCGAGGUGUUGUGUUGUUCAGGACUUUGAGCACAGGUGACACUACAGAAGGAAAGGAACAUAAUCAAUCAUGUCAAAAGAAGGUGACAAGGCGUCAGUUUUUAAGACGACUAAAGUCCGAACGGCAAUAAAAGGGGACAACAGCUGGAUCCAGAGGCGGCAGGAGGCCGAGAAAGAGCAGAAGGAGGAGGAGGAGAAGCCAUGGAUGGCUGAGGUCCGGGCCAACCGCCUGAACGGAGCCCCAACAGAAACCAGCCCAGCCACCUCCCCAGUAACCAAAUCCCCUGUUUCCAACACGCCAGCACAAAGUGCAAAACCCCAGUCAGGAUAUCUAAUCAGAGGGGUUUUCAAAAAGACAGAUGACAAACCAUCUUCCACAAAGCCAACCAAUGGUUACAGUGCUCCAACUACCACCUUUACCAAGAAACCCUCUGAGGGAUACAAGAGAAUAGCCCCUCAUACAGUGAGAAGCAGCACAGACGCCCCCGUUCAGUCCGAACCCCAACUCUCACCAGAGGAGGUGGAGAAACGGACGGAGGCUGCCAGCAAUGUUCUCAAAUCUUCAGCUGCGCGGCAGCGCUCAUUUGUCCUCUCUGCUGCCAAAAAAUACGAAUCCACCAGCAACCUGGAAGAACCUACAGAGCCUGCCAUAACAUUUGUGGCUAAAAGGGUGGUGAUCAGUGAUGACGAGGACACUACGCCUGCUGCGACUCCAAAGGAACCCAUUUUCACGCCUCCUGCCCCGACCCCAACCCCUGCUGCCCGUGUCACUGCCCCUGCUGCUGUUACACCGGCCCCAGAACAACAGCGACCCCCAGCACCAGCCAGUGACACUUUAGAUGGCUUGUCAGACACCCUCACAGUUUUCAAAACAGAUCCCAAAAGUGUGGAAGUGAUUGAGGACAAACACAGCAGCCCAGUUAAGACCAUCCCUAUCGUCACCCCGGAGAUUGCACCCCAAGCCAGCGUCCCGAAGUCUGAAGAGAGCCCUGGCAUUCUAGAUGCUUUGUCAGACACUCUAACAGUUUUCAAAUCUGAGCCUAAAAGUGUGGAAGUGAUUGAGGAUGAACCCAGUAGCCCAGUUGAGACCAUCCCUAUCAUCAUCCCAGAGGCUACACCCAAAGUCAGCGCCCCAGAGCCCUCUUCUGAAGACAGUGGCACUCUAGACACCUUGUCAGACACCCUCACGGUUUUCAAAACGGAGCCUAAAAGCACGACAUAUGCAAGCACAGCAUUGUUUGAGGAGACGCCAACGGUGGAGUCCAACAUUGAUGAGCCAAGCGAUGACCUUCACGACGAUGACCUGGCUGCUCUUGGAAAGAGUGGAGAGGUGAAGCCAGAUGACGAGACAGAGGAGGAGCCCCAACCCAGCAGUCCGCCCUCGUGGAGUCAAGACCUGCUCUCCGGCCCAGAAGACUCUCCUGCCCAGCCAGUGAAGACUACUGGAGCGAUCGACCUGCUGGCUGAUGACGUCAUCCCAAUUGACACGAGUUUGACGAGAAUAAGCACAAAAGUGACAUAUGAGAAAGAGGAGCCACUGGUCGACUUUGAGAGCUCCAGCGAUCCAAUUGAUCCCACUUCAACAGAGUCCACUGCACUUAAGAGUCCCGUGGAGCUUUUUGAUCCUCUCUGGGCCCGUGACGACAGGUUAGACCUCAUAUUUUUUCUCUUAGCUGUAUAACAAAACAAAACGCCACAGACAUGCUACAUUGGUCUACAUUGGUCUACAUUCAACGCAAC